AGCUUUCUCAGCAGGUGUAUCUUGCGCAGUGCGAGAGCGGCGAGGAUGCAUGGACACAUGAUGGCCGGCCAUGGCAUGAUGAUGGCGCAGCCGCAGUACGACUACUACGACCAGUACCCGGAGAACGAAGAGUGGACCGAGAUCGCGCGGCUCGCGCCGGCGGGCGCUGCCCACGCGGUCGGCGCUGUGGCCUUUGACCCGUGCCAGGAGGUGCUCUGGACGGGCCACGCGAACGGUCGGCUCACGGCGCACCUCCUCCCGACGCUCGAAAAGUACUCGAGCGUCAUCUCCAACGCGGGCGCGAUCAAGACGCUGAUUCCAUGCUACGAUGGUAUCGUCGCGAUCUCAAAGUCGAUGGCGGUCUUCCGGUCGCGCGGCUGCGUACACAACGACACGGUCGCCGUCGACCACUCGCGCGGCGCGCUCACGUGCGGCCACCUCCGUCCGUACGACAGCAACAAACCCAACGACCACCUCUUGCUCGGCAACUCGGCGGGCUGUGUCGCCGCGUACGACCUCCAGGGCCAGCUCAGCCACCCGCUGCACAAGACGCCGAUGCCGGUGUGGUCGAUGGACUUUUACCAUGGCAGCAAGAUCGCCAUCACGGCCCUCGCGUCGCAUGAAGACGCGCCCAUGAUGUGUGCGGGGAGCGCGACGGGGCAGCUCGACCUCUUCGACAGUAGCUUGCGCUCGCACCGCGUCGAGUGCUCGAUCCCGAACGCGCAUGCCGGCAACAUUGUCUCGAUGGACAUGCAUGGCCACUACAUCCUCACGUGUGGCGUCUCGGCUCGCAGCAUCAACCCGUACGACAAGAACGCGCCCGUCAAGGUCUACCCGGACCCGCUGAUCAAGCUUUUCGACGUGCGCACGAUGGGCCUGGUCCAAUCCAUGCCGUUUCCCGGUGCGGCAUCGCCGAGCUACGUGCACUUCCAGCCGCACGCCCAAGGCUCGCACUACUAUGCGGGCAGCCGCGACGGCGACUUGUACCUCUUUGACAUCACCGAGCCGGCAUCGUACCAGUACACGCCUCUCGGGCCGCUUGGCACGAAUGCAUCGGCGAUGGCAUUUGCGUCGUCGGGUGAGCUCCUCGCGCUCGGGGCGCCGGACGGCGGCGUGGUGCUCUUCGACUCGUCGCAGGCGUCGAACCCCAAGGCGCUCCUGGACGACCCAUUGUUGCCGCUUGCGUUUCCCGCGUCGUUCCAAGCGCCGCCGCUCGCCUUGUCGCCGCUCGAGCCCGCGCCCGCGUCCCGGUACCUCUUCCGGCCGACCAUCAACGACUAUGGCGAAGCGAUUCCGCCGCUCUCGUCAUGGCUGCCGCCUCACAUGGACUCGACGCUCAAGCACGAGGUGACGCUUGUCGUGGCGCCCAAGCCCACGAAAGUGCUCGACCCGACCUUUGCGGCGCGGAUCCAGCAAAAGGAUACCAUUGGCUUUACGCAGCACGGCGGCGUGCCCAAAAAUUCGUUCGUGUAUGGCCAAGGGCGGGUGGCGGCCGUUGCGACCGUGGACCCGCGCUUCGUCGACAAGAAAGUGACGCAUCGGACCGCGUCGGCCAAGUCGUUUGACGAGUCGGACCCGUGCCACGUGCCGCCGCGAUACAAGUACAAGGAGAUCAAGAUGAGCAAGCACGGCAUGGACGGCUUUAUGUUUGAUUUUGCCAAGCACAAUGCGACGCGGUUUGUCGGGCUCGAGAAUUCGCUGCCGUUUUCGUACAUCAACGCGCUCCUCCAAUUGCUCUACUUUGUGCCCGAGCUCCGCGCGCAUGCGCUCCUGCAUCUCUGCGACGCGCCCGUGUGCGUCACAUGCGAGCUCGGCUUUCUCUUCCACAUGAUGAACGAAGCGAGCGCGAAAGCUCCGCGCCACGCCAAGAGCUGCCAGCCCACGAAUCUCCUCACGACACUGCGCCAGGUGCCGGCGGCGACGACAUUGGGCCUCUUUGACACGACCACGUCGAUUCUGCCGCGCGCAGAUGCCUUCUUUGGCCUCCUCAUCGACACACUCGGACUGCCGUCCGUGCAGCGCGUCACGCUGACGUACCCGACCGACCCCGCGGCCCUCUGCGACGCCACAUUUAGCGACGUCGUGAGCGGCAGCCUCUCCGUGCGACCGGCACCGACGCUGUGCCUCCAGACAGGCGUCGCCGACUGGCUCGAGACACCCGACAUCAAGGAGCUCUGGGCGACCGAGAAGGCGAGCGGUGCGAGCUGGGUGCCGAUGCAGUUCCGUGUCACGGUGACCGAUGGGAUCGUCGCUGUCCACGAACCGACGCCCGACCAAGAGUGGACGCCGGCGGACGACGAUUACGUCCUCGUCGGCGUCGCAGCCGCGGUCGUCCGCGAUGUCCGCCGAAGCCAUCUCGUGAGCGGUCACAAUGCGCACCUUAUUGCCCACAUUUUGGACCCGGACGUCGGCAGCAGUCGGUCGCGUGACGACGACCACAACUGGCUGCUCUUCAAUGACUUUAGCGUGACGCCGACAGUCGGGCUGGAUGCGGUGGCCUUUCACGUGCCAUGGAAGUUUCCGUCCGUGCUCAUCUACCGCCAGCGCGCGACACUGCGAGCGAUCGCGACGCCAGAGCCGACGGUCGACAUUCCGCAUUCUGUGUUCCACGCGCCAUCGGUGGCGCAGUCGUCGUCAUCCUUCGAGCCCCUCGACGUGGCCACCUUGCCCCAAAAGGGCGACCGUGUCGCGAUCGACACGGAGUUUGUCAUUGUGGAAAUGGAAGAAGCGACGCUUCAGACGGACGGCACGCGGGUCGUCACCAAGGAGAGCCGGCAGGCGCUGGCGCGCGUCUCGCUCAUCCACGGCGAGACCAACACGGUGUUUGUCGACGACUAUGUGCUCCCGAGCGAGCCGGUCGUCGACUACCUCACGCGGUUCAGCGGCCUCGUCGCCGACGAUCUCAACCCGAGCGUGAGCCGGCACCACGUCGUGCCGCUCAAGGCCGCGUACAUGAAGUUGCGGUACCUCGUCGACCGCGGCUGCUUGUUUGUCGGCCAUGGCCUCGGCAAGGACUUUCGCAUUGUCAACCUCUUUGUCCCGCCCGAGCAGAUCAUUGACACGGUCGAGCUGUACCAGCAGCCCAACAUGCGCAAGAUCGCGCUCCGGUUCCUCAUCGUGUACCUCUUCAAGGCGCACAUCCAGCUCGAGACGCACGACUCGAUCGAGGACGCGCGCGCCGCGCUCAUGCUGCACAACAAAUACCGCGACCUCAUGGCAACCCAGGAGUUUGAGCGCACGCUCAUGGAGAUUUACGCGGCGGGGCGCCAAAGCCGCUGGAAGAUCGCCGACCUCGAAGAGUAA